AUGGCUUCUAAGCGCCCGCGACCUGCAGAGCCGGACCGCCCCGCUGGCGAGCGCCCAACGGUGACGCUGAGCGGCGGGGAGCCCUGCCCUGCCGGCCAGGUAAAUCUGUGGCGGGCGGGAAAGCUGUGUGAUGCGACGGUGCACGCUGACGGCCGAGCCUUUCAGGUCCACCGCGCCGUGCUGGCGGGCGCGUCCGAGUUCAUGACCGCACUCUUCACGUCCGGCAUGCGCGACAGCGACGAGCCCACCAUCUCCGAGGUAGCGGGCGAUGUCUUCUCGGCACUUCUCGAGUGGAUCUACUGCGGUGAGUGCCGCGUCGAAGCUGCCCUGCUCGGCGGCAUGCUGGACGCGUCGAGCAGGCUGCAGCUGCCAUCGCUCCAGAACGCGACUGUUGAGGCCUUGGUCCAGGGCAUUGACCCAUCCAACGCCGCGCAGUAUUGGGAGUGCGGGGACGCCCACAACUUCCCUCGGCUCGUGGAGGCGGCCAAGGCCGCUGCUCUCCAGUCGUUUGGCGAGUUCUCGACGUGCGUGGCCUUCGACGCGCUCCCCGUUGGCCGCGUGUGCGAGCUGCUGAAGAGCGACGACCUGAUGGCUGACUCAGAGGAGGUUGUGUUCCGAGCCGCAGCGCGGUGGGUGGCGGCCAACUCGUCCGCCUCUGAAAAGGAGGUUGAGGCAGUCUACUCGCAAGUCAAGUACGGCCUCCUGCCCGCCGCAUUCCUCUCAUCGGUGGUGGAGCAGGACCCGCCUCUGGCCACCCACCCGCGCAGCGGCUGGAUCGUGGCGCGGUCGCUCAAGGCACACAUCGAUCAGGGGCCUUCGCCGCGAGGCCCCAUCGUCACGGUCCUCAAUCCUAGGUACCUCUAUAUCAGGGAUAACCUUAUGGCCCUGCAUCUGGGCGUGCAAGACGAAUGGGAUCGGCGCGCCAUCGUUGUCGCCGGCGACAAGGGUACUCCACUGGCCAUGGGGGCGACAUGGGAUUUCGCGUCACCGAACUUCGUGGCCGUACGAAUUUCGCGCACCGGUUCGGUGAUUCUCAUCGAACAGCAAAAGUUGGAGCUGGUGCGCGGAGCGUGGCCUGCUUCCAAGGGGAGGCCCCCACGCUAA